AUUGAUCGUCUCAUUUUGGAGCUAAAAUUGCCGCCUCAAGAUGCAUAUUUUAAGCUGAAGCACAUUGUGGAGGAAAUCAAUGGCCUGUUGAGCACUUAUGGCAGCGCCGAGGACAAUUUGAUGGUGUCGCCAGUUCUUGGUAAUGUUUGCUUUGCCAGUUCCCUCUAUGGCUUCUGCUUCACCCUCAAAUCCUUUGCCAAACUCUAUGCGGACACUUAUGAGGGCGUCAACUAUAAUGAGUUUGCCAAGCGUCUCUGGGGCGACAUGUAUUUCCACAGUAAAUCGCGUAAGUUCACCAAGAAGCCACCACACAGCUCGGCACAGCGCAGCUUUGUGGAGUUCAUACUGGAGCCCAUGUACAAGCUGAUUGCUCAGGUAGUGGGUGACGUGGACACCACGUUGUCAGACACCUUAUCCGAGUUGCAAGUGCGCGUAACCAAGGAUGAGAUGAAGUCCAACAUUCGUCCUUUGCUGCGCGUGGUCUGCAAUCGAUUUAUGGGCGAUUGCAGCGGAUUCGUGGACAUGUGCGUGGAGCACAUCAAAUCGCCGCUGGAGAAUGCCAAGCGCAAAGUGGAUCACAUUUAUACUGGGCCCAAGGAAGGCGACAUUUACCGGGACAUGAUCACCUGUAACCAAUAUGGCACGCUGAUGGUGCACAGCUCCAAGAUGUAUCCCAACGAUGACUGCACCUUCUUUCAGGUGCUAGCCCGUAUUGUCUCCGGCACAUUGCAUGCUGGGCAGGAAAUCCGUGUGCUUGGCGAGAAUUAUACACUGCAGGAUGAGGAAGAUUCGCGAAUACUGCAAGUGGGCAGACUUUGGGUGUACGAGGCACGUUACAAAGUUGAAUUGAAUCGUGUUCCGUCUGGCAAUUGGGUGCUCAUCGAGGGCAUUGAUCAGUGCAUUGUGAAAACAUCCAGCAUUGUGGAUAUCAAUGUACCCGAGGAUCUCUAUAUAUUCCGACCUCUAAAGUUCAACACCCAAAGCAUUAUCAAGAUUGCCGUGGAGCCUGUGAAUCCCUCAGAGUUGCCCAAAAUGUUGGAUGGCUUGCGUAAGGUCAACAAAUCAUAUCCCUUACUCUCCACCCGUGUCGAGGAGUCGGGUGAACACGUUAUACUUGGAACUGGCGAACUCUACCUGGAUUGUGUCAUGCAUGAUCUGCGCAAGAUGUACUCAGAGAUUGAUAUCAAGGUCGCCGAUCCCGUGGUGGCAUUCUGUGAGACUGUCGUGGAGACCAGCUCAUUGAAGUGCUUCGCCGAGACGCCAAACAAGAAGAACAAGAUUACAAUGAUAUCCGAGCCGCUGGAGAAGGGAUUGGCCGAGGACAUAGAGAAUGAGACGGUCUGCAUCAAUUGGAACAAGAAGCGCAUUGGCGAAUUCUUUCAGGUCAACUACGAUUGGGAUUUGCUGGCGGCACGUUCCAUUUGGGCCUUUGGCCCGGACACAACAGGUCCCAAUAUUCUCGUGGACGACACGCUGCCCUCGGAGGUGGAUAAGAAUCUGCUGACCGCCGUCAAGGAUUCCAUUGUGCAAGGCUUCCAGUGGGGCACACGAGAGGGUCCGCUUUGCGAGGAGCCCAUACGCAAUGUCAAGUUUAAAAUACUGGAUGCUGUCAUUGCCAACGAGGCACUGCAUCGUGGUGGCGGACAAAUCAUUCCAACGGCUCGCCGUGUGGCCUACUCGGCUUUCCUGAUGGCCACGCCGCGUCUGAUGGAGCCUUACCUAUUUGUAGAGGUUCAGGCACCUGCCGAUUGUGUCUCCGCUGUCUAUACAGUGCUGGCGCGGCGCAGAGGUCAUGUCACGCAGGACGCGCCCGUUUCAGGCUCGCCGAUUUACACAAUCAAAGCAUUUAUCCCCGCCAUCGAUUCGUUUGGUUUCGAGACAGAUCUGCGCACACACACCCAGGGACAGGCCUUCUGUUUGUCCGUGUUCCAUCAUUGGCAAAUCGUACCCGGAGAUCCCUUGGAUAAGAGCAUUGUCAUAAGGCCGCUGGAGCCACAACAGGCCUCUCACUUGGCCCGUGAGUUUAUGAUCAAGACACGGCGACGCAAAGGUCUCUCGGAGGAUGUGUCCAUCAACAAGUUCUUCGACGAUCCCAUGUUGUUGGAGCUGGCGCGACAGGAUGUCCUGCUCAAUUAUCCUCUAUAGAUUAAGACCUGUAAAACGAACCAAUAAACCAAAAGUUCCCAUGUGAAUGAGAUUGGCAAUUGCAA